GUUUGCUCCACGUUCAUUCAUUCCUUCCAACAUGGCGUCUGUUGCUAUAGAAGUUUUGGUCUCCUUUGCCUCUCUCAGCUGUAUUGUUCUCUGCGUUGUCCUCAAACUACCUCAAAUCGCAGCCAUAUGGUCUUCCAAGAGUGCAAAGGGCGUCAGCUUGCAGAGUACGCUGCUAGAGUGGUUUUGCUAUGCAGUCAUGAUGUGCUACCAUUUUGUGAAUGAGUACCCCCUCAGUACCUAUGCCGAGUACCUCUUCCUGAAUAUUCAAGAUCUUGCUCUUGUCUUGAUCAUCCUGUACUUCCAAGACAGACUUGGACUGGAGGCCUUACUGUACAUUACAGGAUAUUUUAUCAUUGUAUCGGUGCUCUCUACCUCCCUAGCAGUUGCCAAGAUCAUGAUUAAUUUCGUGCUUCCAAUGUCCAUGGCCAGUAAGCUGAUCCAGCUGCGAGCUUUGUGGACCAGCCGCGAUGCCAGCAGUGUCAGCCCAACCACAUGGUUCAUAGCCUUCUACAGUUGUGUAGCUCGGAUCUUCACAACUAUUGUGGAAACAGGAGACAUCCCUGUCCUGGUGGAUUACUCAGUGGCUACACUGUUGAAUGCUGCCAUCCUCUUCUCUGUCAUCUUCCUAAAAAUCAACAGAGAAAGAAGUUCUUGUAAACUCAAAAUUGCAGUCAAACCUGUCAAGGUUUCAAAAAGACUGUACAUGCCACAAUGUAAUAAAACAAAUAUGCUUUUUAAAAAUCCCUGUACAAUUUUCAUCAUUGGGAACUGUUAUAUACAGUUAUUGCCAUGAUAGUAUCUAUUACCAAAUAGAAUGUCAUGUCAGUAGUCAAUAGUCCAGAUGAUGAUAUUAUUUUUUUUAAUUUACUUAAUACUUCACCACAAAACAAGGCUCAUGGGAGCCACUGAAAUGUUUUGGGUUACUGUACAGCCAGUGAGGACAGAUGUUUGUUAACAUUAGACUUGAAAAGUUUGUGUAUAUGAUAUUCAUCCUAAUGAGUCAUGCAAGGGCUGAAAGGAAGAAGAAUUUUAUUGUGUGUUGUAGGUAAGAUAUCAGGUCCCCAUGAAUCUUUCAGCAGAGAAAAUGUACUUGCAAAGCUAGACGGUGAUUGUACUUCAUAAGAUGGUGUACUACAAUGUAUGUGACAUGUAAUCUCCAAGCAAACCUUUGGGGGCAAAACUGGUUUUUGACUGGGCCCAUAGUCUAACUGCACAGCCCCCAAGGAUCUGUUUUCAUGACAGUCACCAUGUAAAAAAAUGUUAACAUCCAAUUGCUGCCGAGUGAAACUGUGCCAAGUAGUACAGCUAACAUUGUUAUUUGCUCUCCGUCCGGCCAUGCCUUGUUAUCAGUCAGCUGGGAUUUUUGGACGGUGUAAUGCUCAAUUACAGGAGCAGAAGAGUAACAUCAUAUAUGACUAUGAGACACAAAUGUGAAAAUGUAGGUGUAUCUUAAUUGGACUAUCUUUGUUGUGAAAAUGUACAGAAAAUGGAAUGAGAAGUGUCACGAAUCUAGUCUUCAACUCUUUAACAGUAUAAUGAGUAUUUUUGAAUGGUGCUACCAUAUUGUUUGAGCCUUACACUAGUUACAGACAUUUGGUCUUAUUGGUUAUGCCAUAAUUGGAAAUAUUUGACAUUGUCUAGAAUGUUAUCACUCAGUCAAGUCUCAUGUUUGUAUUUUAACAGUCUGUUACAUGAUAUGAUAUCCUCUUGCACAGUUUUACUUUCUGUGGUACAUGUCUUCC